GUUGUUCAGCAUGGCUAGUACUAGAGUCGGCUGUGAUUUAGUCUGUAUCCAGAGAGCACAGCCGGUAUAAUAAUCAUGCCUGUUUUACCAGUUCCUCUUUUACCACACCUUCCACUGACAAUUGGAUGGCCCAAUUCUGAUUCUCUUUGAUUAAAAAAAAUGAUGCAAUUGAUAAUUGCACAUGCAAUGUUUGCACUAUAGAAAAUCCAAGGUCCUACGGAUAUAGUGCCCUUCGAACCAUUUAUCUUUGGCAUUUUUUCAUGAAUGCGCUAAUAACGGAGUUAUAUCUCGAAACAAUUGCGUGGUCCACCCUGUAUAUACAACAUUCAAUGACUGUUUCAUCUUUAAUAAAUUAAAAACAUAAUAUGCACGAAGAUCAAAUCACUGCUAACUGUAUUGAAAACGAUCAGGUUCUUGUCUUAUUCAAGUUCUAUAAUCGUUUUUUUAAGGGAGAUUGAUGUUUAAAUAAAAUGGAGAUUUUAGAAUUGAAGGAUGUAAAGGCUGUGCCGGAUAUAAUUCAUCCCUAUCCGGACAGAGUAAAGACUGAAGCAACUCCACUCGUCUUUGAUAAUGGGUCAUAUAACUGUAGAGUUGGAUGGGCAACAGAAAAGGAACCUCAGUUAAUAUUUAAAAAUCUUAUUGCAAAGCCAAGGAAAGAACGGGGCAAGAAGGAUGGCGAGCCUCAGGUUGGAAAUGACAUAGCAAACAUUGAAGCUGUUCGAUUUCAAUUAAAAACGCAAUUUGACAGAAAUGUAGUAACACAUUUCGAAGCCCAAGAACAGAUAUUUGAUUACACAUUUACUCAUAUGGGAAUAGAUACAGAAGGCUCUAUAAAUCACCCAGUUAUUUUAACUGAGGCAUUUCUGAAUCCUAAUUAUUCAAGAAAUUUGAUGGCAGAGCUGUUAUUUGAAUGCUAUAAUGUACCUGCAAUCGCGUAUGGAGUGGACUGUUUAUUUUCUUAUCAACACAAUAACUGUCCACCGGAUGGUUUAAUAAUUAGCAUUGGAUAUCAUACCACACAUAUAAUACCCAUAUUAGAUGGUAAAGCAGAUCCUGUUAAUUCAAGGAGGAUCAAUGUUGGUGGAUAUCACAUUACAUCUUAUAUGCAUAGACUACUGCAACUAAAAUAUCCAGUGCAUGUAAAUGCUAUCACACCUAGUCGAGCAGAGGAAUUAAUUCAUGAACAUUCAAUGAUAGCUUUAAAUUACCAAGAAGAAAUUUCUAAAUGGGCAGAUCCGGAUCAUUAUGAUGCAAAUGUGUUAAGGGUACAAUUACCUUAUAUUGCUCCUUCAAGUGCUCCUGGUUUAACAGUGGAGCAACAGAAGGAGAGAAAACGGGAGUUAGCUAGAAGAUUAAUGGAAAUAAAUGCACGGAAAAGAGAAGAAAGGUUAGCAGAAGAUGAAGAGCAGCUGAAUCAGUUAUUAGCUGUUCAAGAUUUACUAGAAGAAGGAGAAACUGACGAGUUUGAUCAAGCAUUAAAAACCUAUUCUCUUGCGAAUGAAGCGGAUUUAAUAAAAAUGAUUAAUAAUUUACAAGCAAAAGUAGAACGAACCCGACAGAAAAUAGUCGCAGCUAAUUCACAGGAAGAAAACAUUGCAAUGGAGGAACAGAAGCCGAAAAUCAAAUCAAGUUUGCAGCCGAAAGAUCAGCAGGAUUUUGAUGAAUGGAUAGCUGGUGUAAGAAAGAAAAGGCAAGAAAUAUUGGAAAAACGAAUGGCGAAGAGGCAACGCAGACAAGAUAUGGCAAAACGUAGAACAGCAGCCGCGCAAGAAAGAAUGCGUAUAAUAAGUCAAUUAGCAAGAAAAGAGAAACGCGAUGAUGAUUUUGGUAUGAGAGACGAAGACUGGGACGUUUAUAAAGUUAUCAACAGGGAAGGUGGAGAUUCAGAUUCAGAAUUAGAACAAGAAAAGCUCCUGGAACUGGAGGACGUAUUAAGACAUCACGAUCCAGAAUUCGAUGGAGCUGGAUCGAACGUUCCCCUGGUACCCGGAGAAACCCAUCAGUUACACGUGGGAGUGGAACGCCUGAGAGCUCCAGAAAUAUUAUUUCAACCAUUCAUGAUUGGUUCCGUGGAAGCAGGCAUUGCUGAAACAAUAGAAUUUGUGUUGAAGCUUUAUCCAGCCGAAAUGCAGGCACGUCUCGUAGGAAACAUAUUUCUCACCGGUGGACCGGCAAAAUUUCCUGGUUUAUUAGAGAGGUUGAAUCGCGAGCUCCGUGAAAUCCGACCGUUUGGUUCCAAUUUUCAAAUAAAUAUCGCCAAGAAUACCAGCAUAGACGCAUGGUACGGUGCUAGAGACUUUGGCUUAAAUGGAAACCUCCCAGAAUUUUUAGUAAGCAAGAAGGAAUACGAAGAGAAGGGUGGUGAAUAUUUUAAAGAACAUUUGACUAGUAAUACUUACACCAGAUCUCCUGAUCCAUUGCCCGCCGUGCAAGCUCCUGUAACCUCGGAACAGGUCGUCGUCGAGGAUGCCGUUGUCGAUGUUGAAAUGGAAUGAAAGACAAGAAACAUUUUAUAUAAGAUCCUGUUAGAAAAUAAAUUUCACUGAAAACAAAGAAACAGAUUUAUGAAAGGGGAAACAGUUAUCUUUAUGGAUAUCUACUUUAUUACACAAGUGUUUUCGUUUGUUCAUUCAAUCACGAACAAACUACAUUGUAGUCUGUUUACUGAUCACAAUGUACAGUUCCCAAAUCAUCGUAUCUCAUCGUUCGAAGAUAAUUAUGCGGGGUACAUUUUGCUUCUUCAUUUUAGUUUUAGUUUUUUUUUUUCUUAUUCGUCGAGAAUAAUCGACAUCCGCUUGUUGGACAUUUCUCAAGCUUAAAAAAAAAAAAAAAAAGAAAAAA